GCGUGUGUGUGAGUACGUGUUGAGUCACUGACGUGGUAGCAGUGGUUGGAGCAGUGCGACACGCGGCGUCACAUUGGGAAACCUGAGAAGUUUCCACGUGAGAGCGGGAACGUUGAAAAGAGAGCGUGCUCCACGCCAUCGGCCACAUCGGCCACAUCUGCCACAUCUGCCUUGCUCACCUGCACACUGAAAAUCAGUAUAUUAUCACACACACACACACAGACACACACACAGACACACACACUCCCCCCAUCGGUCUCAGAGAGCAGAAGGACUUCCCAUCGGGCCUCACACCUUCUGCCUGUCCACCUCCACGCCGUCAUGGAGGUCCUGGUGCUCCUUGGGUUCCUGCUGGCUGCGCUCCUCCUCCCACCUGCUGGUGGAGCAGCGACUCGGGAGGCUCCGCCCACUGCAGACGGCUGCUACCUGGCGAGUCCCGAGGUCAACCUGCUGAGAAAGGAGGGCGAGCCUGUGGUCCUCUCCUUCCCCUUCUUCGAGAGCGAGCUGGAGAGACUCCACGUCGCCCCCCCGGGGGCAAGGUGCCUCAUCACCGGGGGCAACGGGACGGAGGGCGGGACCUAUCAGGGCGAAGGCCGAGUCCAGCAGCGGCAAAACCAGCUGUGGUUCCUCCCGGCCCGAGCCGAGGAUUCUGGGGAGUAUCUGUGCACGUACAGGAACGCGAGCUGCUGUGUGCGCGCGAGCAUCCGGCUGCAGGUGCACCGGAACCGUUCCGUGGAGAGCUUCUUCCCGGUGCCCGCGGUGGUGGGGGAGCACCUGAGGCUCCCGUGUCCCUCCACGAAGGACUUCCUCAACACGCAGGGACUCGUCAAGUGGCACAAAGACUCCGCCCCCCUCCGGUCGGGCCGAGCGGGCAACUUCCUGCAGGACGGGGGCCGCCUGCUCAUCCCCGCGGUGAGGCGGGCGCACGGGGGCGUGUACACGUGCCGGCGGCGCGUGCUCAUCGACCAGCGGCCCUUCGAAGUCACCCGCACCGUGGUGCUGACCGUGGAGGGCGUAGACCCCGUCACCACCUCCACCUCCACCACCUCCACCUCCACCUCCUCCACCUCCACCUCCACCUCCUCCACGUCCUCCUCCACGUCCUCCUCCACCCCGCCCACCACCUCCACCUCCUCCUCCACCCCGCCCACCACCUCCGGCUCCUCCACCUCCUCCUCCAGCAGCAGCUUGCACAUGGUCGGACCUCCUGUGAUUCUGUCGCCACAGAACGGCACCGUCUUUGAAAGCGUGCAUGGCUCAGCCCUGCUGCUCUCUUGCACGGUGCUCACAGACUGCCGGGCGACCGAGGAGACGGCGGUCACGUGGCUGGUCAACAAGCGGCCGGUGGAGUCCUCGUACCUGGAGGGGCGGGCCCAGCAGCUGGGACGCAGGGUAACCGCUGCGCCCGACGGCUGCCGCAUUGAGCUGAGGCUGGUCGUCGUGGCGAUGACAGAAGAAGACGUGCAGGCGGAGCUGAGGUGCGUCGCUCAGAACCCGGGAGGCCGACAGGAAGUGGUGUCCCGGCUUCAGCUGGAGGACCCCACCUUCACCUGGCUGGUGGUGUCGGCGGUGGCCGUCUCUUGCUUCCUGACCGUGGUGUCCGUCUUCCUCUUCGUCCUCCUCCGGCCCCCAGGGAAGAGGAACAUGGACUACUUCCUGGCUCGGCAGAGCAGCUUCUAGAAGACCGAGUCCCUCUUCUUCUUCUUCUUCUUGAUGUGUGCGACGUGCGUUUAAUGUAAAAACUAAACUCAAAACAAGCUGAAACAUCUGGAGGCUUUUUUAGUCCAGUCAGUGUCACUGAGGUUUGGUUCUUUUCAUGCGUCCUGUUUACGUUUCUCUGGACUAGUUCAACAAAUACCUCAAAACUCAACGUUUACCUUCAUAAUGAUGUCCUACGUCGCUUGUACUAAACGCUGGACACUAGUCAAGUGCAUGUGAGUGUCUGUGCUUGGUGGAAUUUCAAAUAAUAUCUAUAAAAUAACAGGUGCUUUACUUUAAGUAUUAAAUGCUCUAAAAUAUAACCAUGAA